AUGUUCUCCGCUGUAAUUAGAAACAACACCAGAAGACUAGUGGCAUCUCCAUCUGCGAGAUUCGUAAGAUCUUCUCAUAUUUUGGCUGUUCACAGAAACACCAAGGAAAACAAUCCAGAUGUUCCAUUUGAGUUUGAUGCAGAAAACAAAAAAAGAGCAGAAGUAAUCAUAAAGAAAUACCCACCACAAUACAAGAAGGGAGCAUGCAUGCCUUUAUUAGAUCUAGCACAAAGACAAAUUGGCUACACUUCCAUCAGUGCUAUGAACUAUGUUGCCAAAUUGUUGGAUAUGCCACCAAUGAGAGUCUAUGAAGUUGCAUCUUUCUAUACCAUGUAUCAAAGGAAGCCAGUUGGUAAGUACCAUAUUCAAGUUUGUACAACCACUCCGUGCCAAAUUUGUAAUUCCGACCAGGUGAUGGAAACAAUCAUGGAGAAGUUGAAGCUACAACCAGGUGAAGUUUCCAAAGAUGGGUUGUUCUCCCUUGAAGAAGUCGAAUGUUUGGGUGCUUGUUCCAAUGCUCCUAUGAUUCAAGUCAACGACGAUUUCUAUGAAGACUUGAAGACUAAGGAGGAAGUCAUCAAGAUUUUGGACGGUUUUGCCAGCGGUAACAUCCCUAAACCAGGAUCUUCUAGAAGAGAAUCCUGUGAACCAUUCUCUGGCCCAAAGACCUUAACUGAAGAACCAUUGGAUGUCUCUACUGUCACUAGAAGCGACUUAUAA